AUGAAGUCUGCGGUCAUAGUAGACGGAGGCUUGUUCACAGAGAGUUAUUGCAACAUCUGCAAUGCCCAGCUCAUCUCCGAGUCCCAGCGCACGGCGCACUAUGAGAGCAAGAAACACGCCAACAAGGUGCGUCUAUUUUACAUGCUUCACCCAGAAGAUGGAGGGCCACCUUCCAAGAGGCUGAGGCCAGACAAUCCGGACUGCGAUGAGACAGAGGUCGACAAGAAUAAGUGCUGCACCUUGUGCAACAUGUUCUUCACCUCCGCCAUUGUGGCUCAGUCCCACUACCAGGGAAAAACCCACGCCAAGAGAGUCCGCCUGGUGCUGGGUGAAACGCCAAGCAGCCCCGCAGCCUUGACCAUGCAGCCUACGAAUGCAGAUUCCUCCCCUUCAACUCCACUGCCCUCAGACCCCCUGGCUUGUACCCCUCCUCCACUCGUGUCCGCGGUCAGCAGCAACGGCGGCAGAGAAGCCGGCAAGUACUGCUGCCUGUGCGGUGCCUGGUUCAACAACCCGCUGAUGGCCCAACAGCACUACGAGGGCAAGAAGCAUCGCAGGAACGCUGCCCGUGCACGCCUGGUGGAGCAGCUCGCGGGAAGCCUAAAUGCCACGGAGAGCACAGGGCUGCGAAGUACUUACUCCUGCAGCGUCUGCAGCGUGGUCCUCAACUCCAUCGAGCAGUACCAUGCACACCUCCAGGGCUCCAAACAUCAGAACAAGUGA